AUGGCGGACUCCGUCCUGCUUGAGGACUCGACCAUCUACACACCCGCCACCGCCACAGUGACUAUGGCUCACGCCGCCGGCUACAAGCCGAUCCUGGACAAGGACCUACCGGACAUCAGCUUCAUGACCGAUGCCGAGUGGACCACCUUCUUCUCCAUUAGCGAAGCCCUUGUUCCAGCCGUCGUGCCCCAGACCAAGCUCCAGGACCCCAUGCGCCAGCUCGGCAUCCCAGACAAGGAGUUCUACGCCGCCGUCGACGAGACCCUCGCGAGCCUGACCAACCCACCGCCCCAGCAGAAGUUGCUCGAAUGGCUCGCCUUCCGCGCCGUCGACGAGCCCGCCUUUCGUCGCGAGUGCGAGCACUCGGUCGCUUCGGCUGCCCUGCGCAUGGAGCUCGCGAAGUUUAUGAGCAUGCUCAACACCCGCUACGGAAGUCUGCUUCUCACCGGCCGCUGGAAGCCCUUUUACAGGCAACCUCUAGCCGUGCGACAGCAGAUCCUGAAGAACUGGCGCUCAUCGCGGCUCCUACCACUGCGCAUCGUCCUCAAGUCGAUGAAUGCGCUGACCCGCAAGUCCCUCGGCGCCUCGAGUCGCUUCAUCAACGAGUUAGGCGGCUUUGAGCAGCUUCCGAAGAACUGGGAGCGUAAGCAGGGCUACGACUUCAAGUUUAUCCAGAUUGCCGACGGCGCGGGCACGCACACCAUCGAGACGGACGUCGUCAUCAUCGGCUCUGGCUGCGGCGGUGGCGUCUCGGCCAAGAACCUGGCCGAGGCCGGCCACCGCGUUCUCGUCGCCGACAAGGGCUACCACUUUGCGCCGGAAAACUUCCCGCUCAGCCAGGUCAGCAACAAGCACAUUUACGAGAACAAUGGCCUCGUCAUCUCCAAGAGUUCCGCGAUCUCAGUCGCCGCCGGUGAGACCUGGGGUGGCGGUGGCACCGUCAACUGGAGCGUGUGCCUCAAGCCGCAGGACUAUGUCCGCCGCGAGUGGGUUGCCGCCGGCCUGCCACUCUUCGGCUCGUCGGAGUUUGACGAGUGCAUCGACCGCGUGUGGUCCGCCAUCGGCGCAAAUCAAAAGGCCAUCCGCCAUAACCACCAGAACGAGGUCGUGCUCAACGGCUCUAAGAAGCUCGGCUGGCACAGCAAUGUCUGUGACCAGAACACUGGCGGUGCCGAGCACUACUGUGGCCGCUGCCACCUUGGCUGCGGUGCCAACGAGAAGAGGGGACCUGCUGUCGCGUACCUCCCCGCCGCCGCUGAGGCCGGCGCCGAGUUCCUCGAGGGGUUCCGCGCCGAGCGCGUCGUUUUCGCCGCUGAUGGCGUCACGGCCACAGGUGUCGAGGGCGUCUGGACCGCACGCAGCGACGAUGGCACCGUGCACAGCGCGCCAGAGGCUCGCCGCCAGCGGAGGGUCCUAAUCAAGGCCAAGAAGGUGGUCCUGUCGGCCGGCUCCCUCUGGAGCCCCGCGCUACUACAAACGAGCGGCGUCAAGAACCCUCAAAUUGGUCGCAAUCUGUACCUGCACCCCGCUGCGUUCCUGGUCGGGCACUUUGACGAGGCUGAGCCUCAGUGGGAGGGCGGUAUCAUCACAGCCUACAACGGCGAGUUUCAAAAUCUCGACAAAAAGGGCCACGGCGUUAAGCUUGAAACCAUGGCCAUGCUGCCGUACGUGCUCUUUGCGAUUCAACCAUUUGAGAGCGGCCUUGACUCGAAGCUCUGCGUAGCGCGCAUGAAGCAGCUGCACACCGUCAUCUCCAUCACGCGCGAUCGAGAUACGGGACGCAUCACGGCGGACCCCGUCACGGGUGCGCCGCGCAUCGACUACGACGUGUCUCCGUUUGACGCGGAGCACAGCCUGGACGGCGUCGAGGCCAUUGCCAAGCUCAUGUACGUGACAGGGGCGUCAGCUCUGUACCCGACAAUCCCCAACGUGCGGCCGUUUGUGGUAGCGAAGGACGGAGACGCGGCGCGGCAAGCGAGCUACCAGGACGGGACGGACCCUGAGUUCACGGACCCCAAGUUUGGGAAGUGGCUCCAACACCUGCGCGAGGUCGGGAGCAAGGCUGGCGGGGAGAUUAGCUACCUGUCAGCGCACCAGAUGGGCUCGUGCCGGAUGAGCGCGAAGCCGAGCGGCGGCGCGGUCGACCCGCGCGGCAAGGUCUGGGGGUGCGAGAACCUGUACGUGGCAGACGGGAGCGUAUUUCCGAGCGCCAGCGGCGUGAACCCGAUGGUGACGAUCCUGGCAAUCUCAGAUUACAUUUCGCGGCAGUUGGCGGCAGAAAUGUCGUCGUCGUGA